UGUGCCUGUGACAGGUGCUCAGCAGAGGAUCACCCGUGGUUUCUGAAACGCUUUAACAAAUCAGUUAAUCCCUUUUUGACAAGAGAGAACAACCUUUCAGCAGAAGUCUAUGACUGGUGGAAGAAUUUACAGUCAGAUAAAAGCAACUUAUCAACAUACACAAAAUUAGUGGAGGAGGUGUUUGACUUCUUCCCCAUCGGUUACAGCCUUGUGGACCGCCCGUCCGAUCGCUGCAGGGCUUGUGCUGUGGUAGGGAACUCUGGAAACCUGAGGGGCUCCCACUAUGGAUCUCUGAUUGACAUUCAUGAUGUCGUCAUCAGAAUGAACGGCGCUCGCACCGAAGGAUUCGAGGCUGAUGUGGGGAGCAGAACAACGCUUCACAUCAUGUAUCCAGAGAGUGCCGUGGAUCUGGCCGACACGACCCAUCUGGUGCUGUUUCCGUACAAGACGCUGGAUAUCCGAUGGCUCAUCAGUGCCUUCACCACGGGAUCUAUUCGGUCAAACACCCGACGGAUCAACGCCAACAAAAAUUUGGUCAUGGUUCUCAACCCAGCGUUUAUGAAAUACGUUUAUGAAAACUGGCUGGAAAGGAAAGGCCGAUAUCCAUCCACCGGCUUUCUGGCAUUGAUGCUCGGCCUACACAUUUGUGACGAGGUCAGUGUGUUCGGCUACGGAGCAGACAAGGAUGGAAACUGGAACCACUAUUGGGAAGAACUGAGAAACAAACACCUGGGAAGUGGCGUGCAUGGUGGGAAGUCCGAGUAUAAUCUUAUUCAGCUACUGUUUGAGCAACAGAAACUCGAAUACUUCAGAGGGCAUUGACGUGUUUCUCUCACACCUCUCAUGGUUACAACGUUUUAAUUUCACACACCUCAACCUACUUCUGAGUGGGACUGGAGAAAGUAAAUCUCCUCAUAACAGGAAAUAUUGAAGGCAUAGGAGGAAAUAUUGAAGGCAUAAGAGGUAAUAUUGAAGGUAUAGGAGGAAAUAUUGAAGCCAUAAGAGAAAAAUAUCGAAGGCAUAAGAGGAAAUAUUGAAGGUAUAGGAGGAAAUAUUGAAGGCAUAAGAGGUAAUAUUGAAGGCAU